AUGAUUACAACUCAAAUGGAAGCAAAUAGUAGUUCGGCAUCGCGGUAUUGGCGUGAGUUAGGCGCAGCAUGGAACCGCAGCGCAGUCGGUGUCACAGGCGGAGCGGCCGGACAAUGGGGAAAGCCCUUCCUGGAUUGCGGGCCGCUGCCUGGACGAUGGCUUUUGCCGUACUCGGUGGCAGCGGCAACAAGACAAUACAAAGCAGUGGCUGGUAUAUUCGUAUCGGCGGAUCUGGAUCAAUGUGAUUACGCUGUAGCCGAUAUGUUCGGCGGUGCUCAUAAAUGCCAUCAAGAAACUACGGAGUGUAUUCCCGAUUUGUCAUGGAGUCCAAGACGAGGUCGGUACACCUGUGAAUGUCGAGUGGGCCACUAUUUGCCGACUGGUCCAUUAUCGUUUCCUGGUUUUCUCGUGGAAAGCAGCCCAGCUGGUGAAUACAAAUGUUUGCCUUGUUCUGGCCGCUGCGACCGCUGCGAUUCGAGUGGGCAGUGUCUGGCCGAGGGCGACGCCGUGAUUCGGGCGAUCGUCUUAGCUGUUCAGAGCUGCUGCUUGUUCUUCGUUUUUGUCUUGGCAUCGCUAGUUUUCUAUAACAGAAAAUGCAAGACUAUAGUAUCUGGAAUGUGGACUUUGUUGGAGACAAUACUUUUAGGAAUAUUUUUAUUAUAUAGCACUAUAUUAAUUCGGUUUUUGCCAAUAUCUGCUGAAAGGUGCCUAGUGGAACCAUGGUGCCGGGAGUUGGGCUUCGUCCUAUGUUACGGAGCGAUUGUUCUGAAGUUGUACCGACACCUCAUAGAAUUCAGGACGCGAAACACUCACCUUUGUGUCGUACCAGAAAAAGACUUAUUGAAAUAUCUUUCUGCAAUGGUCGUGGCAGCACUUUGUUACUUGGCCGCCUUCACCGCAUCCAGCUUAGACUACAUGGAGCAUCAAAGUAUCGUCGAAGUAGGGUCCACGAUCGACGGACUUAAGUUCAGCACUUGCAAACCGCUCAGAUGGGAUCUCGUGACACAGGCUGUAGAAAUGCUUAUACUGGCAAUCGGGAUACAUCUGAGCUAUGCGAGCAGAAAUGCGGACACUCAAUUUCAGGAGCGUCAGUUUCUGUGCGCCGCGAUCUGCGUCGAGACCGCGGUCUCGGGUAGCUUCUAUCUCCUGCGUGAUAUAUUCGAGAUAGCAAUGCUUCACCCCGACCUCGUGUUCCUGGCCCACUUCCUGCGCUCUCAGCUGACUUGCACGAUAGUUUUGCUGCUGAUUUUCAUGCCCAAACUGGUUUUCCAGCGCAGACAGCAACGUAAAGAGACCUCGUGCCGGCACUCGAACGCAUUUAAAACGCCCAGCGAGAUGUACGACUCCGACGCCGGCGAAGUGAGCACCACCGAUAUGAAUCCGGACGACAUCCGCGCGGAAUUCAGAAGACUUUACACCCAGCUAGAAAUCCUAAGGACAAAGGCGCUCCGUGCUGACAUAAGCAAAAGGCGGGCCGGUUGUAAAGCAGCUCACAGAAGAUUUUCAUUACAAAAAAAAGGAAGUAAAGAGAAGGCGAAACAGCGCGCCAACAAAUCAGAACAAGAAGGAACGAAAACGAAAUCGUCUCGAACUCCCGAAGACUCUGUUUGCAGUAUGGACGGAGCGUCAGGCGCCGUAAGCGACCUCUACGGGGACACUUCUACGGCCACUGGGCCGAGCGACUGUAAAUAUACAACGCACCAUUAGCGAAAUUCAU